CCUCACUGGUCCAGAAAUUUUCUUCCUCGGCUCUCUUAAUCAUAUCCUCUUAAAUGUUUUUAAUUUAUUCCCAACACAUUGUAUUUUUCUUCUCCUUAAAAGCUGAUGCUUCUUCUGUAGCCAACCAACUCUCAUCACAACAUUGAGAAAAUAGAAUCUUCAAAGCAAGAUGGAUGAACAUGCAACCCCACUCUUGUCUAAAGACCAAUCAUCAUCAUCAUCAUCCUCCUCUGUGGUGACUUCAUCUUUGAAAUGGGUAUUGAAAGUUGUUAUGUCUGUGAUAUUCGUGACUUGGGUUGUCUUCCUUUUGAUGUACCCUGGAACACUCGGCGAUCAACUCCUCACAAACUGGAGGGCUGUCUCCUCCAAAACUCUCUAUGGCACCACAGGAAGCAUGUUCCUACUUUUUAGUGGUCCGAUUCUUGUUAUCUCCGUCCUAGCUUCUCUCUAUCUCAUCAUCUCUGGGGAAGAGAAGGUCUUCACUAAGAAGAAGAUAUCGAAAUUCCCAAGGUUUAGGCUAUGGACAUUUCCUGUUCUUGUGGAUGGACCAUUUGGAGUUGUUUCUGCAGCUGAGUUUCUUGGGAUUUUGGUCUUCUCUGUUUUUUUCCUAUGGGCUAUCUAUGCUUAUACCUUGAGGAACCUCAGCCUUCUUGAAUUAUUCCAUGUGCUUCCUGACAAAAAAAGUGUUCUUCUGCUAGAGGUAACGGGUCUCCGUUUUGGAAUGAUUGGAUUGUUGUGUAUGGUGUUUUUGUUUCUACCAAUCUCGAGAGGCUCCGUUCUUCUCCGUCUUAUCGAUAUCCCUUUCGAGCAUGCUACAAGAUAUCAUGUUUGGCUUGGUCAUAUCACUAUGGCUUUCUUCACCUUACAUGGCCUCUGUUAUGUUGUUGGAUGGGCCAUUCAAGGUCAACUUUUAAAGAGUUUAUUUGAAUGGAAAGCUACUGGAAUUGCUAAUUUACCUGGAGUUAUUAGUCUAGUGGCUGGUUUACUGAUGUGGGUCACGUCGCUUCACACCGUGAGAAAGCUUUACUUUGAGCUCUUCUUCUACACCCAUCAACUAUACAUUGUCUUUGUAGUCUUCUUGGCACUUCACGUUGGUGACUACUUGUUCAGUAUAGUUUCUGGAGGAAUAUUUCUUUUCAUUCUUGACCGUUUCUUGAGGUUCUGCCAAUCCAGAAGGACUGUAGAUGUAAUCUCUGCAAAGAGCCUACCCUGUGGAACUCUCGAACUAGUCCUUUCCAAACCACCAAAUAUGAGAUACAAUGCGCUUAGUUUUAUCUUUCUUCAAGUGAGGGAACUAUCAUGGCUACAAUGGCAUCCUUUCAGUGUUUCAUCAAGUCCUUUAGAUGGGAACCAUCAUGUUGCGGUUCUCAUAAAGGUUCUUGGUGGAUGGACUGCAAAGCUUAGAGACCAGUUGUCAAAUCUAUAUGAGGCAGAGAAUCAAGACCAACUCAUUUCUCUUCAGUCAUAUCCCAAAAUCACAACUUGUGUGGAGGGACCUUAUGGACAUGAAUCUCCAUACCACUUAGGGUACGAGAACCUGGUCUUAGUAGCAGGAGGAAUCGGGAUCACGCCUUUUUUCGCCAUCUUAAGUGAUAUCCUACACCGUAAAAGAGAUGGGAAACCUUGUUUACCGAGUAAGGUUUUAGUUGUCUGGGCCAUUAAAAACUCAGACGAGCUCUCUCUUCUCUCAGCAAUUGACAUACCUUCCAUUUGCCCUUCCUUCUCUAAGAAACUAAACCUUGAAAUUCACAUCUAUGUCACACGACAGUCGGAGGCUCUCUUGGAAGAUGGGAUGGUUCACAAGGUGGUGCAUCCUUCUGUCAAGCCAAAACAAACCAACGGGUGUCCCAUGUCGGUUCUAGUAGGUACAGGGGAUAACAUAUGGUCUGGACUGUACCUAGUUGUCUCCACCAUUGGGUUUAUUGCAAUGAUCACGUUGUUGGACAUUUUUUACAUAAAUAAAUACAACAUAACGACAUGGUGGUACAAGGGGCUUCUGUUUGUUGUUUGUAUGGUUGCAAGUGUGUUGAUUUUUGGAGGUCUUGUGGUUGUUUUCUGGCAUCGCUGGGGUCACAAAACCGGUGAAGUGAAAGCAAAUGGCAAUGACAAGGUAGCUUUGAAUGUAGAAGAACCCCAUAAUCCAUCUGCAGCAGAGCUCAAAGGCUUGGAGAUAGAAGAAGAAGAUGUCCAGAGUUACACCACUAUGCGUUAUGGCACCAGACCUGACUUUAGAGAGAUAUUUGAGUCGUUGAAUGGGAAAUGGGGAAGUGUAGAUGUUGGAGUGAUAGUAUGCGGUCCAGCGGCUCUUCAGGCGACCGUAGCCAAACAAAUACGGUCACAUAGCAUCUGUCGAUCGGCGAAUCAUCCUCUUUUCCACUUCAACAGCCAUAGUUUCGAUCUCUAAGCUAGUUAAGCUUUCAAAGGCCAAGAACAUUAUGGUAAUGUGAUGGAAAAGUAUAAGUGUAUAGUUUAGGUAAUCGCAGUCUGUCUGUAUGUAUUAAAGAAACAGCUAUGGUUGAUAUGUGUAUGUUUUUAUCUUUCAAUUUUUUAAUUAUGUAUAAAUAAUCAAAAUGUAUGAGCAUGCAUCUUAUAUGGUUUCUAUACUUGUUUGUUGGUGGUAUUCUUUGUA